AUGACAGAACUAACAAAAUCCAUUCAAGAGAUAAUGGAAACAGAAGAAGAAACAGUAAAAACUUCCACAACGACAGAAACAAAACAGCAGGAAGAAGAGCCGAUAAAAGUUAACAAAUGGAAUUUAUCGGAUUUGAAGAAUGCGUGUGAUGAUUAUGUUCAAAAGUAUUUAACAACAAAAGCUCAGUACCGUCAGCACCACACACACACAGACUUCAAACUCAUUCUCGGGUACUUGUCGUGCGUGUUUGCCUUGGUUGGCGGAUCAUACACGUAUGUCACGCCGUUUCAGGAGUCGAAAGAUAUGACAUAUUUGACCCUAAACGCGAUAAUGAUUGCAUAUUCGUUGUUUGUUGAAAAGGAUACAAUUUUUGUUGGGAGUCCACUUGUAACAAACAAGGAUUCGGAAAGCUAUCACAAAUUAAGCAUACAUACCACCACAAAACGGUACUCGGACAUAUACAAUAUCACAUUUGAAGUAAAACAUACAAAUGAUGCAUCACGCACAUCAUCAUCACCGUCUUCCACAAAGGAUAGUAACAAGUACACAAUUUCGCGAUCUUAUGGGUAUAAUUGUGGCUGUGUCUGGUGA